UGUGUCUCUCUCACUGACUCGCCCCACUCCCCCAACCCCAAGAUGCCCAAUUCUCUCCUGCUCCUCCUCCUCCUCGUCCUCCGCGCAGUCACCGGAGACGCCGCCGCCGAUUCGGCAGACCCCUGCGCGGGCCGCAGGAUCCACAUCCGGGACUUGCCCCCGCGCUUCAACACGCACCUCUUUCGCCACUGCGACGCCGCCUUCCCGCUCGCCGACCCGUCCUCGUCGGCCACCUCCACGCCGACCUGCGAGUCGCUCGCCAACCACGGGCUCGGCCCGCGCACCCACGCCCGCAGCUGCUCCUGGUACCGCACGGACGCGCGCCUCCUCGAGCCCUUCUUCCACCGCCGACUCCUCGAGCGCCGCUGCCUCGUCGCCGACCCUGGCCUCGCCGACGCCGUCUUCCUCCCGUACUACGCGGCGCUCGACUCUAUCCCCUACGUGCUCGACCCCUCGCUCCUCAACUCCUCCGCGCUUCACGGCGCGUCCCUUGCCCAGUUCCUGGCGCGCGACCGGCCCCAGAUCCUGGCGCGUCGGCAUGGGCACGACCAUUUCAUGGUCCUCGGCGGGUCCGCGUGGGACCACUCGCAGCCGCCGCGCGCGGAGCCCCGGCUGCUGGGCACCACGUCGCUGGUCAGGCUGCCGGAGUUCGAGAACUUCACGUUCCUGGCGCUCGAGUCGCGCUCGUGGCCGUGGCAGGAGCACGCGAUCCCGCACCCGACGUCUUUCCACCCGGCUUCGCUCCCGCGGCUGGAGGCCUGGCUUGCGCGCGCGCGGCGCUCCCGCCGCACCACGCUGAUGCUCUUCGCCGGCGGCGUCUCGCGCCCGUCCAGGCCCAACAUCCGGGGCUCCAUCCUCGCCGAGUGCGCGAACCGCACUGACGCGUGCGUCGUCGUGGACUGCUCGGCCGGCAAGUGCUCCCACGACCCCGUCCGGUACAUGCGCCCGAUGCUGGGUGCCAAGUUCUGCCUGGAGCCGCCGGGGGACACGCCGACGCGGCGGUCCACGUUCGACGCCAUACUCGCCGGGUGCGUGCCGGUGUUCUUCGAGGACGCCGCGGCGAGGCGGCAGUACGGCUGGCACCUUCCCCCCGGGCGGUACGACGAGUUCUCCGUGUACAUACAGAAGGAGACGGUGGUGCUCGGGGGCGUGAAGAUCGCCGAGACGCUGGCGGCCGUGCCCGAGGCGGAGGUGCGGAGGAUGCGGGAGCGCGCGCUGGAGAUGGCGCCCAGGGUGCUGUACCGGAGGCACGGGAGCACCGCAGAGCUGAGAGAGGCGGGCAAGGACGCGGUGGACCUCGCCGUGGACGGCGCGCUCCGGAGGAUACGCAGGCGGGCUCGCGCGCUGGAGGAAGGCCAGCCGGAGAGGAUAUACGCGCAGGAGGACGACAGUGUCGACGCGUAGGACUACGAAAUGUCAAAUGAAAAGCUCUUGAAGACAUUCUCUUGGUCCGGAUUUGGGCAUUUUUAUAUCGUGCAGUCCGCAGUUUACCUGCAUCUUUCGCUUUGAAGAGUGUACAUUUGCUAUGUCAUCCACGAGAUUUGUUCUUGUAAAUGUGGGCAAGUCAUUUGCAUUUUCAAGUCAUUUGCAUUUGCUAUGGUUCAA